GUUAGGGGUAGUAAUAAUAUAAGUACCUACUUCUCUUUUUUUUUUUUUAAAGCUAUUCCGAUCGUCUUCCUAGAGAUGGAACAGAAGAAAAUAGCGACACAGGCUACAUAUAUACCUAUGUACAGCAUAUAAGCUUUUAAGCUCAAUGUUUUCUUUCCGGUAGUAUUAAAUCAUCGAGGGCAACUUCAAUGUUACAGCUGAUGUCUCUCCCUCUUUCUACGAGUCUCCUCGCAUUAACUCGACGUACUUGCCUCUCCUGCUGUGUAAAUUGUGAUGUUAAAACUUAGAAGGCUCAAGUCACGUCGGUUUGGAACAUUCAAGCUUUGUUGCUAUAGAUAAAAGGAACAAUCCAUUUAGUUAGCCUUGUAUCUAACCUAUACGCAAAUUGCAUCCCAGAAUUGUCUGGAUAGGUCUUCACUUCAUCAUCAGCAUUGCCAGUCUAAUAGUAGACCCCAGCGAAAUAUCAGAGUAUGGACAAGUUACCACCAGAAGUUCUACUAUGCAUACUAUCUCACCUUGACCGAGAACACCUUGCCCAAUAUACGACGGUGUGUCGUGGAUUCCAGUUUUGGAUCGAGACCCAAACGUUCGCUAAGAUCAACAAAAGAAUCGACGACGUACAACAACUGGAAGAAUUCGGUACUAUUUUCGCGAGUACGCGUCGUUGCUAUUUGCCUCGACAUGUUCAGUUUAGUAUUUGGCUACCCAAUACACCCAAGAAGCAUAUUAAAGGCCAUGAGCCGCUCCACGUGCUCCGUGCCCGACAUUUUACCAAGGUCGUUUGUGGGAUUUUCGAGAUACUACAAAAAUGGAACAUCGCUCGAAGUCUAAAUGCAAAGCGACCCUUUCAUCUUUGCAUUCAAGGCGUACCAGGAAAUCGCGUCAGUUCUCAGAAUGCUGGUGGUCACCACAAUAACGUCGGGUUCUACGGAUUUCAAGUCCUUCCCUCGCUACCGUUUAUCACCGGCUUGCGAGUAGAUACUAUAAACAUCCUCCCUAGCACCAUGUCAAUGAUCUUCGAAGCCUUACCUCAUAUAGAGGAUUUCCACUGGGCAAUUGAUACUCCUCGUCGUUCGUUGAAGCAUCUCAGGGUCAGUCUGAGAGAAUCCCUGGCAACAACACUGCUAGAAACGAACUUCUCGCAUCUCGUGUACCUGAGGAUCGCUCUUAUUGAUUGGAACCAGUUGGAUGGUAAUUGGGAAACCGAGAAUUGUGUCGGCUUAGACGGGAAGGACCGCCUAAGUCUGGCUGUGAACCGAAUUAUGAAGUUACCGAACCUGAAAAAGCUAGAGCUACACGGCGUUUUCAACUUAUCGCCUGCGAUAUUUCGUCUGGAUGACGAGCAUGGAAACAUCUCGGAAUCCCUCAGGGAUAUACAUUUGAGCCUCUCUAUCGUAACCCCUGAUGGGCGUUGGUACUUCAAUUGUGAUCGUGGGGCGAACACGGUUGUUGAUGAAUGGGACCUUUCGCCUCGUUAUUGUCUUACACCGACUACAUUUGACCCAUUUGUUGUUGCGAUGGCUCGUGGAGUUACUAAGAUGCCGGCCCUGAAAAAAUUAUAUUGUAGCUUUCAUGACGCAGCAUAUUUAGCAUGGUUUGCUGCCUCAGCGCAAGCCAGAGCCUGCAAGAAAUAUCAGGUCGGGCUAAUCUCUAUCAGCCAGGGACCUGGGUACUCCCCCCGGAAUUUGCUCGGAUCGUGAAGGCGACUGGUCACGCAGUCAUUCAAACAAGCGAAAACCGUCCCCAUAUGUUCGUGGCACUUGUCUAGUUGCUAGAACAUUCAUAGAUGUUAAAAGUAGGCCAUCGAGGUCGAGUCACUGCCGUUUCCUUUUUUCCCCCUUCCGCUCCGGGUUGAAAUUCCUUGAGGAUAGGAUUAUGGUUGAUGAUUGCUGGAAACAAUCGCUUCUAUAGGUUCUAGAUAUGACCUAUUAUAAUAAAUAUUUUCGUUGCUG